CUAGGGAUUUGAGGCCAGCCUCAGGAAUUUGGCGAGGCCGUGUCUCAAAAAAUAAAAAGGACUAGGAGUGAAGGUGAGUGGUGGAUCACUUCUGGGCUCAAUCCCCAGUACCAAAACUAAAACAAACCCGCGUUCUGCUCUUGAAAAUGYUUAUCUUCACCUUUCACUUUCUAAUAAACACCUUCAUAUGUUCUAAAACUUGAUGCUUUCUUAAAUUCUCUUCUGCAAUGUGUCAAGAGCCUGGAAGGUCUAAGUAAACGUCUCCUCGAACCCUCUUACGGUGACACCCUCAGGUCUUAGCUCCACACACACGGGCAUUCCUUCACUUCCCCUUGGGUCCCCCACCACCACUAGUUAUACUCCUAUCCACUAGCAGAUGCUGUUCCCAUCUGGACCAUGCUUCUGUCUCUUCCAUAUAACUCCUGUUUGUCCUUCAGAUCGCAACAGAAGCCUUAAAUCCUUAGGACGAACUUUAAAACUCUGACCAAGUCGAAUAUCAUCAUUACACUUCGACAUUUGUUGCAUGAUUAAUAGGUUUUCUUUUACUAGACAAUUCCAGGAAUAGACUGCUUCGUUGUCUCACUUGCACGGAGCUCAUAGCUACGCAUCAAGAAUACUUAGAAGAGUAUUUUUUGAUUUGAAAGAGUGAGAAUGCAAUCAACGCCCACCCUUACACUGCGCUUCUUGGAGGGACGUGUCGUAAGGAGUCGCGCAUUACAAGACGUCACUUCCGCCCGGAAGACUCACGGAGAACCGCUGGAAUUCCUGUCACUUCUCAGUAUUUCCGUGAAUAUGGCUUUACCGCCCUUCUUCAACCCGGGUCGCCCGGGCCCGCCGCCCCCGCAGCCACCGCCUCCUACUCCUUUCGGCUGUCCGCCACCGCCGUUGCCCUCCCCGGCUUUUCCGCCGCCUCUUCCCCAGCGGCCCGGCCCUUUUCCGGGGGCCUCUGUCCCCUUCCUCCAGCCUCCGCUGGCUCUGCAGCCUCGGGCCCCCGCGGAAGCCUCCCGCGGCGGCGGCGGCAGCGCUUUCUACUCGGUGCCGCCACCGCCGCUGCCUCCGCCGCCGCCCCAGUGCCGGCCCUUCCCGGGGACCGAUGCCGGCGAGCGCCCGAGGCCACCGCCUCCAGGCCCGGGGCCGCCCUGGAGCCCACGCUGGGCUGAGGCGCCGCCGCCGCCCGACGUGCUUGGGGACGCGGCCCUGCAGCGCCUGCGCGACCGGCAGUGGCUGGAGGCGGUGUUCGGGACCCCCCGGCGGACGGGCUGCCCGGUGCCCCAGCGUGCGCCCGCCGCGCCCAGCCUAGGCGACGUACGCGCGCGGUUGCGUGGUGCUCUGCGCUUGGUGCGGCGGCUUCGUGGCCUGGGUCAGGCCCUGCGCGAGGCGGAGGCCGACGGCGCGGCCUGGUCCCUAUUGCAUGCCCAGGCCGCGCCGCUGCGCACCGAACUGGCUGAGCGGUUACAGCCACUGUCCCAGRCCGCCUAUAUGGGCGAGGCGCGGCGGAGGCUAGAGAGGGUCCGGCGCCGCCGGCUKCGGCUUCGCGAAAGAGCCCGGGAACGCGAGGCCGAGCGGGAGGCGGAGGCCGCGCGGGCAGYGGAACGCGAGCAGGAGAUUGACCGCUGGCGGGUCAAGUGCGUACAGGAGGUGGAGGAGAAGAAGCGGGAGCAGGAACUCAAGGCUGCUGCUGAUGGAGUCUUAUCUGAAGUGAGGAAAAAACAAGCAGACACCAAAAGAAUGGUGGACAUUCUUAGAGCUUUGGAGAAAYUGAGGAAACUGAGGAAAGAAGCAGCAGCAAGGAAAGGGGUCUGUCCUCCAGCCUCAGCAGAUGAGACUUUUGAGCACCAUCUUCAGCGACUGAGAAAACUCAUUAAAAAACGCUCUGAACUAUAUGAAGCUGAAGAGAGAGCCCUUAGAGUUAUGUUGGAAGGAGAACAAGAGGAAGAGAGGAAAAGAGAAUUGGAAAAGAAACAAAGAAAAGAAAAAGAGAAAUUUUUACUUCAGAAACGUGAAAUCGAGUCCAAGUUAUUUGGGGAUCCAGAUGAGUUCCCACUUGCUCACCUCCUGCAGCCUUUCCGACAGUAUUACCUCCAAGCCGAGCACUCCCUGCCAGCACUCAUCCAGAUAAGGCAUGAUUGGGAUCAGUACCUGGUGCCAUCCGAUCAUCCUAAAGGCAACUCCGUUCCCCAAGGAUGGGUCCUUCCCCCGCUCCCCAGCAACGACAUCUGGGCAACCGCCAUUAAGCUGCAUUAGGAAAGAUGCUCCAGGAGUGUGGUCCAGCCAACGCUCUUUCCAGCUCUAAAUAUUAAUGAUGUUGCCAUCUUGUGCUGUAGACUAAACCAUAACUGCUAAACUCCCUGUGUCAAUGCCCUAGCCUAAAGUUAUGCUUUCUUAUAUGCUCUGUCCUGGCCAGAGGUACCUCUUGAAUCAGGAGAUUAAUAUUGUUCUUCGGGAGGGGCUGGGGAUAUAGCUCAGUUGGUAGAGUGCCUGCCUCACAUGCACAAAGCCCUGGUUCAAUCCCCAGCACCACAAAAACAAUAUGGUUCUUCAGRAAAGGACCUAGGUGAAUUGAGGUUAUUACCAUAGGUAGUGACCUUGGUUCACUAAAUUUGCCUCUGUUUUGAGGGGCUUGGUCUAGAGUGACUAAUUAAUUUAGUCUAGCUUCCUUGUAUGGUGAUGGGUAAGUAUACUCAAUACACUUAAAUACUCRGAACAAGUGUGUGCUGGGUGGAUUUAGCAGCCCGUCACCAAUAACUGAGCGUAAAGGCAAGCUUGAUGCAAAAACCUUCUUACCUUCCUAUCUAGAGAACACUAAUUCCCUGGGGUAAAGGUCAAAAGCCUUCAGCUUUCUUAAUCCUAGUUUUUGUGCAGCUUGGGAGAUGGCAAGUUAAGAAGAUGGCAGUGGCUACAGGCUGGGCUGCCAGAAAACAUGAUGGCCUAGUUUCAGUUGUCAUGCAGAGAACUUAGAAAAUCUGAAGAGUACCCAUAUUCAAAUUGGAUCAUGUUUUAGUGGACAAUGACUGUAUUUUCCUCAUGUUCUCCGUUCUAGUGAAACCAUCUGAUUUUUUAAGUUCCUAGGAGUCUAGUUUUUUCAGAAUCUCUCAGAAUAGAAAUUUCUCUGUGGGAGUGGGACCUUAAUCUCACUCAGUCACAUUGUAGGAGGCUAGUUUAGCUGUGGAAUUUUCUUAGGAACUCAAGCUUCCCAAAACAUCCAUGUAGUCAUAGUUGGGAGAAAAGGAAAUAAGAAUGACAAAAUUUAUUUUUUAUAUUCACUAAUAAAUGCUGUUGAGAUGAUCUGUCAUAUAACAUGUCAACUUUUGUUUUGGUUUGUUUUGAUUUUUGCCAAUUUUGUUAUUUAAUU